UGUGCCGCUCCAAGGAAUGAAGAACAGGAACUUCCACCAUUCCCUGUUGGACUCAGGAGCCGAGUGCUCCCGAACUGCGUGAGGAAGACCCGGCGGGUCCUCGGGACCUGAAACCUCCCGGAGCCGCAGUCUCCGCGCGGGCGGCCUGGGAAAGUCACAGUCACAGCGCAGUGGCGGGAACCGCAGCCCGGCGGCCCUGGAACCUCCCAGUCUCACAAGGUCGGUCAGUCAGUCCUGCUCAGCUGUGAAUGGGAACAAAGAGCCCUGGAUGCAGAAGAGAGAGGAGACAGUAGCAAAGGAUCCAGAUUUGUAUUUUUGACAAGUGGAUAUGAAAUUUCAACAAGAAUUCCAGUCUUUGUUUCUACAAGAUAAACUCAGAGAAGAGCAACAAGAAGAAUGAAUGCUUCUGUGGCUCAUGCUCCCCAGGGUCUGUUAUCAUUCAGGGAUGUGGCUGUGGACAUCUCACAGGAAGAAUGGGAAUGUCUAGAUUGUGCUCAGAAGGCUUUGUACAUGGAUGUGAUGUUGGAGAAUUACAACAAUCUACUGUUUGUGGAGAACCAUUGCAUAUGUGGUAAAUAUGAGAAGGUCAGUCAUCAAGGCACAAAGCAUUUCAUCUACGAUCAUGAAAAUGGCAAAGAGAAGUCCUAUAAAUGGAAUGAGCUUGGCAAAGUGAUUCGUGAAUUCUGCCAAUGUAGAUCCUAUGACACAAGUGAUCCUGAAGAAAAUAACAAGUACAGCUUUUUUAACCACAGAGAUGCCUGUGUUGAAACCUUAAACCUCAACAGUGGGAAUGCUGGAGAAGAACGUUGCAAAUAUAAAGACUGUAGAAACAAUUUAAAUUUGUGUUCCAUCAUUAGCCAAAAUCAAAGCACUCACGCAGUAAAGAAAGAACACAAAAAUUCAGAGUCUGAUACAUCUUUUGACUCUAAUACAGAAAUCACUCUGAAACAAACUGACAGCAGGAAGAAAGCACAUCAGUGCAGGAAAUGUGGGAAAUGCUUCAAGACUCACUCAAGCCUCAUUAGGCAUCAGAGAGCCCAUCCCAGAGACAAAUCCUAUAAAUGUGCAAAUUAUAGUAAAUCUUUUCUGCAUUUUUCACAAUGCAAAGAACAUGACAAAAUCAAUUCUAGAGAAAAACCCUAUAAAUGUACAGACUGUGGUAAGUGCUUUUGUGAUCUAUCAAAGUUUAAAAGACAUUAUAAGAUCCAUAUUGCAGAGAAACCUUUCAAAUGUAGUGUAUGUGACAAAUCCUUUGCCAAAAAAGACAAUCUUAGAAUUCACCAGAGAAUCCACACAGGAGAGAAACCUUUCAAAUGUAGUGAAUGUGACAAAUCUUUUACUACCAAAGACCAUCUUAGUACUCAUCAGAGAAUCCACACAGGAGAGAAACCUUUCAAGUGUAGUGAAUGUCACAAAUCGUUUACCACCAAAGACAAUCUUAGAACUCAUCAGAGAAUCCACACAGGAGAGAAACCUUUCAAAUGUAGUGAAUGUGACAAAUCCUUUACUGAGAAGGUGACAUUUACAAUUCAUCAGAGAACCCACACAGGAGAAAAACCUUUCAAAUGUACUGAAUGUGACAAAUCCUUUACCACAAAACACCAUCUUAGAAUUCAUCGGAGAAUCCACACAGGAGAGAAACCUUACCAAUGUAAUGAAUGUCACAAAUCGUUUAUCACAAAAGACCAUCUUAGAACUCAUCAGAGAAUCCACACCGGAGAGAAACCUUUCAAAUGUAGUGAAUGUGACAAAUCCUUUACCGCAAAAGGGACAUUUAGAAUUCAUCAGAGAAUCCAUACAGGAGAGAAACCUUACAAAUGUAGUGAAUGUGACAAGUCUUUUAAUGAGAAAGGCCAUCUGCAAGCUCAUCAGAGAAUCCACACUGGAGAGAAACCUUACAAAUGUAGUGAAUGUGACAAAUUUUUUACUACAAAAGACCAGCUUAAAAGUCAUCAGAGAAUCCACACAGGAGAGAGACCUUACAUAUGUAGCGAAUGUCACAAAUCGUUUAUCACAAAAGACCAUCUUAGAACUCAUCAGAGAAUCCACACAGGAGAGAAACCUUACAUGUGUAGUGAAUGUGACAAAUCCUUUGCAAGUCGCCAACAACUUAGAAUACAUCUGAAAAGACAUAAAGGUGAGAAACCUUACAAAUGUACUGAAUGUGACAAAUCCUUUACUGAGAAAGCAGCACUUAGAAAUCAUCAGAGAACACAUACAGGAGAAAAACCUUACAAAUGUAAUGAAUGUGACAAAUUUUUUACUACAAAAAGCAGUCUUAGAACUCAUCAGAGAAUACAUACAGGAGAGAAACCUUACAAAUGUACUGAAUGUGACAAAUCCUUUACCCAGAAAUGGACAUUUAGAAGUCAUCAGACAAUACAUACAGGAGAUAAACCUUACAAAUGUACUGAAUGUGACAAAUCAUUCAACAAAAAAGGGACAUUUAGAACUCAUCAGAGAAUACAUACAGGAGAGAAACCUUAUAAAUGUACUAAAUGUGAAAAAUCCUUUACAGGGAAUGGCAGUCUUAGAAGUCAUCAGAGAAUCCACGCAAAGAGAAACUUUACAAAUGUAGUGAAUGUGACAAAUCCUUUACCUGGGGCUCAUCUCUUAGAAUACAUGAGAGAAUACAUACAGGAGAGAAACCUUACAAAUGUAGUGAGUGUGACAGAUCCUUUACCUGGGGCUCAUCUCUUAGAACACAUCAGAAAACACAUAUAUUAGAGAAAGUUUAAAAAUGUAGUGAGCCGGGCA